AUGUCCCUACUGCGCGAGGCCGAAAGGUAUAUCGCCAAACAGCAGUCGCAAGCAGCGCUCAAUGCCUUUAUAACUCCUCUAAAACCCUCGGGCCCGUGGCUUGACCGCGUGAAGGACGCGGAUCGUCGCAGGGAGAAAGGAAGGCCAAAGUCCGGGAUCGAUGGUCGCUUAAUCUCCGUCAAAGAUAACAUAUGCACUCGCAACUUGCCAACGACAUGUGGCUCUGGCAUUCUAGAACAGUUCGCCAGCCCAUCGAACGCGACGGUCGUGGAGCAAUUGGAGAGCGCUGGGGCCAUCGUGGCGGGGAAAACGAAUCUUGAUGAGUUUGGGAUGGGGUCUCAUUCCAUCCAUUCGCAUUUUGGUCCUGUUGGGGACCGGGGCAAUGCAGACGCCCCGUCCGUGGGGGGCAGCUCAGGAGGAAGUGCCGCCGCUGUCGCGACGGAUCAAUGCUAUGCAGCUUUGGGGACGGACACAGGUGGUUCGGUUCGACUCCCGGCCGCGUACACGGGGACGGUUGGCUUCAAGCCUUCUUACGGACUAAUCUCCCGGUGGGGUGUGAUUGCUUAUGCUAACUCGCUGGAUACUGUCGGGAUUCUGGGGAGGAAUACCACCGACACCCGCGAGAUCUUCAAUAUUCUGAACCAACACGACCCGCGCGACCCGACGAGCCUCUCCCCGCCCUCUCGCUCUCGUAUACUUUCCCGUCUAGAUACCCCGUCUCUUGCAUCUCGAAUGAAGUCUGCACCGCUGAAGAUUGGCGUGCCUGCCGAGUAUAACAUCUCGGAACUUGCUCCUUCAAUUCGUCGGGCCUGGUCUCGCUCCUUGGCCUACAUGCAACGACAAGGCCAUACCAUCCACCCGGUCUCCCUCCCAGCAACCAAGCUGGCCUUGUCUGCGUACUACGUACUCGCGCCUGCCGAAGCAUCCUCAAACCUGGCCAAGUACGAUGGUGUCAGGUACGGGACUCGUCCCGCGGGCCCCGAUGGUGGCACGCAACCGGACGAUUACCUGUACGCCACGACUAGGGGUGACGGGUUUGGCACCGAAGUCAAGAGACGGAUUCUGCUCGGCGCAUUUAGUCUGAGUGCCGAUGCCAUUGACAACUAUUUCAUACAGGCCCAACGCGUUCGGCGACUCGUUCAGCGUGACUUCAAUGAGGUCUUCAAUGCAGAGCAGCCCUUGGCUUCUCGUCGAACAGAGGCUGGCCCUAGACCGGGGACUUUUGGCGUAGAUGUUCUGAUAUGCCCGACUGUGCCGUCAUCACCACCGCGCAUAUCAGACUUAUUGGAAGGCGAUGCGGCGGCAUCCCCUUUGGAUGCAUACAUGAAUGAUGUCUUUACCGUGCCUGCCAGUCUAGCCGGUCUCCCCUCAGUGUCCGUCCCAGUUAAGGUGGAUGAAGGCGCUAGUUGUACUGGACUUCAGAUAAUCGGUCAGUAUGGUGAUGAUGAGCUGGUGCUGAGAGUGGGGGAGUCGUUGGAAGGACAAAGUCUCUGA